CCUAGGAGCAGUCCCCAUUGGCCGCAAGGGUUUAGUGGGGACUUAACACCACUUCUCUGGCUCCUCCUGCACUUGGCCGUGGGGUUGCGCAGCCCCCCAUUACCUUUGUCUCUCUGCUCACCUCCUCCUGUGCUGUCUGAUUCGUCAGAUCUUCUUUGCUCAGCUCUGGACCACUCCGGGCUGUGAGCGAGGAGGGCCCGCUGUUAGAAAGCCGAGCCUCCCUUGUGCAGGGGCAGCGGGGAGCAGGAUCCAUCCACCUUGGGCGCCGGCCACAGGUGGGGCCUGGGAGAUGGGCAACGUGAUGGAUGGUAAGUCGGUGGAGGAGCUGAGCAGCACCGAGUGCCACCAGUGGUACAAGAAGUUCAUGACCGAGUGCCCCUCCGGCCAGCUCACCCUCUACGAGUUCCGCCAGUUCUUCGGCCUCAAGAACCUGAGCCCGUCCACCAGCCAGUAUGUGGAGCAGAUGUUUGAGACCUUUGACUUCAACAAAGACGGCUACAUCGACUUCAUGGAGUACGUGGCGGCGCUCAGCCUGGUCCUCAAGGGGAAGGUGGAACAGAAGCUGCGCUGGUACUUCAAGCUCUACGACGUCGAUGGCAACGGAUGCAUCGACAGGGACGAGCUGCUCACCAUCAUCCGGGCCAUCCGAGCCAUUAACCCCUGCAGCGACACGACCAUGAGUGCAGAAGAGUUCACCAAUACAGUGUUCUCCAAGAUUGAUGUCAAUGGGGAUGGGGAACUCUCCCUGGAGGAGUUCAUCGAGGGCGUCCAGAAGGACCAGAUGCUCCUGGACACGCUGACACGGAGCCUGGACCUCACCCGCAUCGUGCGCAGGCUCCAGAACGGCGAGCACGAAGAGGAGGGGGAAGGGGCCGGCGGCGGGGAGACUGAGGCGGCAGGCUGAGCCCACCGCCCGGCUGCUGGGGAGGGGAUGCGUGUUGGUGCCUGGGGUCAUCAUUGUUGUCAUGCUAGAUACAGGCUCCUGAACUCAAAGCUCAGGUCGCCCCUCUGGGGUGCACGGUGGCGGCAGAUGGGCCGGGGUGGGAGUCGGGAAGGAUGGUUCCUGAACCCUGAGCAGGACUCAGCUGGUGGUGACUGCCCCCUGCUGGGCGGCCCUGGGGCCGUCCCUAGGCCCAGCUUUUCCCACCGAGUUUCUCUCUCGAGUCCCACUCUUCUAGAGCGGGGAGCUCUGACGCAGAGCUGGGCUUUCACGGACUCUGAUGGAAUCCUACAGACCCGGUGGCCACAGCCUCCACGUGGGUGCCGCGAUCACACACCGAACCCGCACCCCGGAACCCCGGAGCCUACUUGUGUGGUGCGUUGAUUGUUCCUCCCUUCCACAAGCAUUUAUUGAACACCUCCUUGGUAUGAAUGCUAGAUAUUAGACAUGCCAAGAAAAGGGUAGUCCUUACCCCCAAGGAACUCACAGGCUAAGCAUCAUUAUAAUAAAACAUGCUAAGAGAAGGUAUGGCA